AUGGCAGGCAAGAAGAAAGAAAUCCAGCUUCAGGUCGUGGUAACCAAUCAAAACCAAUGGGAUGAAAUGUUGCUGACAAAAGGUGUAUUAGUAAUAGAUGUGUAUCAAGCUUGGUGUGGUCCUUGCAAAGCUGUGGUAAAUUUAUUCAGAAAACUGAAGAAUGAGUUUAGUGAAGACACUCUGUUGCAUUUUGCAGUGGCAGAGGCUGACAGCAUUGAGACUCUGAAACCAUUUAGGAAUAAAUGUGAACCUGUGUUUCUCUUUUGUGUUAAUGGAAAAAUAAUUGCAAUAGUGAGAGGUGCAAAUGCUCCUAUUAUAAGUAAGAAAAUAACAGAGCUAGUAGAAGAAGAGAGGAAAAUUGUAGCUGGAGAGAAAGAACGUACUGAGGUAGAGGAACUUGUUUUUCCAGAAGAGAAAUUAUCAGAAGAUGCUGUUAAGGAGACUGUACUUGAGGAAGAAGUCAGGUAUUCUGUUGCAAUUGUAAAACCUGAUGCUGUCUUAGAGGGACGUGUAGAAGAAAUUAAACAGAAGAUUACAGAUGCGGGCUUUAGCAUUGCAGCAACAGAAGAAAAACUGCUAACUGAAGAGCAAAUCAGAGUAUUCUACGCUCGGAAUAUAGAAAAGCCUGAUUUUGAUGAUUUUGUUCAAUUCAUGAUGAGUGGGCCAUGCCACAUUCUGGUAAUCGCUAAAAAAGAAUCAACUGAUGCUAUUCCUCACUGGAAGGACCUAAGUGAAUCAAGUGAAAAUGAGCCUGAUGAGCCGGAGUCUAAAAAGCCAGAGAGGUUGGAUGGAAUCUUGGAAACUGAGGGUCUAUUAAAUAUAUGUGAUGUGCAAGACAGUAUAGAAGAUGCCAGCAGGCAACUUGCCUUCUUUUUCCCAAAUUUUGGUAAACAGAAAACAGGCCAAAAUGUUGAAAGAACUUUGGCCUUAAUUAGACCCUUACUCUUAAAGGAAAGACGACAUUCUAUUAUGCAAAGAAUAAUGGAUGAUGGCUUCAAAAUAGCAAUGCAGAAAGAAAUAGUCCUAUCUGAAGAACAAGCACGUCAAUUUUACAAGGAGCAUGAAAAUGAAGAUUACUUUCCAGUACUUCUAGAGCAAAUGACCAGUGGUCCAACUCUUGCACUUGCUCUAACACGAGAAAAUGCUAUAGAACGCUGGAGAGAAUUACUAGGCCCAAAGACUAUUGAAGAGGCUAAGAAGAAAAGUCCAGCCAGUUUACGUGCAGAGUAUGCAGUAGACAGCAUACCUCUUGAUCAGCUGCAUGGUAGUUCUUCACCUGAUGAUGCUCAGAAGGAAUUACAGUUCUUCUUCCCUCAGGAACACACUUUGGCAUUAAUUAAACCCGCUGCUGUUAAGGAACAUAAAGAUGACAUUAUGCAAAAAGUUAAAGAUGCUGGAUUUACUAUCUCAAAGAUUAAAGAAGCAGCUUUAACUCGUGAAAUGGCUACACAGUUUUAUAAAGAUCAUGAAGGAAAACCCUUUUUUGAACCAUUAGUGACUUGUAUGACCGCGGGCCCAUCAGUGGUCAUGAUUUUAACAAAGGAAAAUGCUGUGGAAGAAUGGAGGCAAUUAAUGGGUCCAGCAGAUCCAGAAAUUGCAAAAAUGACCUCUCCUGAAUCAAUUCGAGCUCAGUUUGCACAAGAUAUUUUGUCCAAUGCUGUUCAUGGAUCAUCUAAUAAGGAGCAUGCACUGAAGAGUAUUGAGUGUGUAUUUGGAGAGAUUGAUAUAGAUUAA